GGAUACAGAGGCGAUUUUAUUUCAGCGCAGCGGCAACACAGCCAGUCAGUAGAGCUGGGCGCCUUGCAUUAGCUAAUCUCAUUGUCUGCGGCUGACAGAGCGACCAAGGAGAACGAUUGUAAUUUAGGAAUUCAGUAAUAACAAAAAAGAACGCGCAUUUCAAGAAGUGGCCAGUUAACCGCGAGUAUAUUUAGACAGCCGCUGGAAACGCGAAGGACCCGGGCGAAAGAUAUCAAUAAAGAAAAAAGGAAAAUGAGCCGCUACCAAGUUUUAAUAAUAUGAGCAAGAACCGCGUUUUGUUCUAGUGGGAGGCUGUCUAUCGCUGCAAUAGAAUAUUCUCUCGUUUUCAGCUCGCUCAAUCUCACGGACUGCAUCUGAAUUCACGUCGACUGCUAUUUCAUAGUCCCUACGAAAACGGCUUAUUUGUUUGUUUUCCCUUUGAGAAGAGUUCCUUGUUCCCACCACGAUGAAUUACCAGUCGGGUGUCCCGGUGUCGGUUUCGGUAUCUGGUAUCUCUCAGCAGUCUCAGCCAGCGAUGCCCACCCCGGGCACCGUCCCAGCUCCCGUUCCGGUUCCAGUGCCUCAGUCCAUUCCGUCCCAGUUUGGAUCUGGAUCGUCUUCUGGAUCAGGGGCGGGUCAGUUCGGUUCGGGGACAGUAUCAGGCCAAGCCGCCCAGUCCGGCCCACCAGGCUCCCAGUUUGUGUUGUCCAACUCGGCUGCCAUAAGGGCUGAAAUCCAUAGGUUCGAGUCCGUCCACCCGAACAUUUACGCCAUUUACGACCUGAUCGAGCGCAUCGAUGACCUGGCCCUGCAGAAUCAAAUCCGGGAGCACGUAAUAUCCAUUGAGGAUUCCUUUGUCAACAGCCAGGAGUGGACAUUGAGUCGAUCAGUUCCAGAACUCAAAGUGGGCAUUGUGGGUAAUCUAUCCAGCGGGAAGUCUGCCCUGGUCCACCGGUACCUGACAGGCACAUACGUCCAGGAGGAGUCCCCUGAAGGUGGACGCUUCAAAAAGGAGAUCGUCGUGGAUGGACAGAGCUACCUGCUCCUCAUCCGGGACGAGGGUGGGCCCCCUGAGCUGCAGUUUGCUGCCUGGGUGGAUGCAGUCGUCUUUGUGUUCAGCCUGGAGGACGAGAUCAGCUUCCAGACCGUCUACAACUACUUCCUGCGCCUCUGCAGUUAUAGGAACACUGCCGAGGUGCCCAUGGUACUGGUGGGCACACAAGAUGCCAUCAGCGCAGCCAACCCCCGAGUCAUUGACGACGCGCGGGCCCGGAAGCUGUCCAACGACCUGAAGCGCUCCACGUACUACGAGACCUGCUCCACCUACGGCCUGAACGUGGAGAGGGUCUUCCAGGAUGUCGCCCAGAAGGUGGUGGCCCUGAGGAAAAAGCAGCAGCUCUCCAUUGGCCCCUGCAAGUCCCUGCCCAACUCCCCCAGCCACUCCUCCGUCCCGUCCGCAUCAAUCCCCUCUGUGCACAUCAAUCAGGCGGCGAAUGGCGGGGGCGCGUUUAGCGACUACUCCUCCUCCGUCCCCUCCACCCCGAGCAUCAGCCAGCGGGAGAUGCGCAUCGAGACCAUCGCCGCCUCCAACACGCCCACGCCCAUCCGCAAGCAAUCCAAGCGCCGCUCCAACAUCUUCACAUCUCGGAAAGCCAGUGAACAGGCAAAGAGCAUUGACUGUAAAACAGACAGCAUAGGCAGUGGAAGGGCCAUACCAAUUAAACAGGGCAUCCUGCUGAAAAGAAGUGGGAAGUCCCUGAACAAGGAGUGGAAGAAGAAGUACGUCACUCUGUGUGACAACGGCCUCCUCACAUACCACCCCAGCCUGCAUGAUUACAUGCAGAAUGUUCACGGGAAAGAGAUCGACCUUCUGAGGACCACGGUCAAGGUCCCGGGCAAGAGGCCUCCUCGAGCAGUCGCCACCAUUGCCCCCACAGCCAGCCCCAAAACCAAUGGCUUGACCAAGGACCGCAGCACCCUUCAGCUUGGGACCGGCACCGCAGGUGCUCCCCACUCCAACAGCAGCGGCUCCCUGCAGUCGGAGCGCUCGGUCAGCGGGAUCAACCUGGUGGGCUUCGGCGGCAAGCCGGACGGCAUGCACCAGCGCUCUUUCUCCGUGUCCAGUGCUGACCAGUGGAACGAGGCGGCCGUCAGCACCAGCACAGGGGCAGCCAACGGGGCCACGGACGCCCUGAGCUCCAGCCCCAACGUGUCCAGCGCCACCAGCCCCAAGCUGGAGCCCCCGCCCUCGCCGCACGCCAACCGCAAGAAACACAGGCGGAAAAAGAGCACGGGGAUCACCAAGCCGGACGGCCCGUCCACCGGCAAUGAAGAGCAAGAGGAGUCGUUCGAGUUCAUCAUCGUGUCGCUGACGGGCCAGAUGUGGCACUUUGAGGCGUCCACGUACGAGGAGCGCGAGUUGUGGGUGCAGGCCAUCGAGAGCCAGAUCUUCGCCAGCCUGCAGUCCUGUGAGAGCAGCAAGAACAAGUCCCGGCUGGGCAGCCAGAGUGACGCGGUGGCCAUCCAGUCCAUCCGGAACGUGAGGGGGAACAGCUUCUGUGUCGACUGCGAGGCAGCCAACCCCGACUGGGCAAGCCUGAACCUGGGCGCCCUCAUCUGCAUCGAGUGCUCCGGCAUCCACCGCAACCUAGGCACGCACCUGUCCCGCGUACGCUCGCUUGACCUGGACGACUGGCCCGUGGAGCUCAGCAUGGUGAUGACCGCCAUCGGCAACGCCAUGGCCAACAGCGUGUGGGAGGGCGCUCUGGAGGGCUACACCAAGCCGGGCGCCGACAGCACCAGGGAGGAGAAGGAGCGCUGGAUCCGGGCGAAGUACGAGCAGAAGCUCUUCCUGCUGUCGCUGCCGCAGUCCGACGUGCCACUGGGCCAGCAGCUGCUGCGGGCUGUCGUCGAGGAUGACCUGCGGCAGGUGGUGCUGCUGCUCGCCCACGGCACCAAGGAGGAGGUGAACGAGACGUACGGCGACGGUGACGGCCGCACCGCCCUGCACCUCUCCUGCGCCAUGGCCAACGUAGUCAUCACCCAGCUCCUGGUCUGGUACGGGGUGGAUGUGAAGAGCCGGGACGCGCGGGGGCAGACGCCACUGGCCUACGCGCGGCGGGCCGGCAGCCAGGAGUGCACCGACAUCCUGCUCCAGCAUGGCUGCCCCAACGAUGGAGGCGGCGGCGGCCCAGCGGCCGCCCCCACGCCCAACACGGCACGCCGCAACCCCAACGCCAACAACAACAACGCCCAGUGCGAGCUCAACCGCAGCGCCAGCUUCAUCUGAGGGGGGGGGGGCGCAGGGGGGGCCACCGCGGAGGUGCUGCUCCAACGCACACUGUGUCACCUGGCAACCCAUACACACCCCCGCCACCGCCACCACCACCACCCUCCCACUCUCUCCCCACCCUCCUCUCUGCAUCAUGUGACUAAGCCUGAGUUGCCCCCAGGGGUGACAGGAAAAAGGGCGGGGACACCCCUCCUUGGGGAAAACCCAGAGCAGAGGUAUUGGUGGGGAAGCCCUCCGGAAUUUUCUGACAGAUUCACCAUCCCAGAAUGCAAAACCAUUCCCAAGGUGUUCCACUCCCAUGGCAAACUUUCAGGAACCGCACAUCCAGGAGAGUUUUUUAUUGAGGAUAAAAAAACAUGGAUUCAGUGCUGAGAGAGCGGUUUACCACAGCGCAGUUCUCCCUUCAUCAUUACUAAAGCUAUUGCUGUUAACAGGAGUAUUAUUCAAGUUUAAGCUUUAAAAGUGGGGUUCCGUGUAGCCUCUUUAAACACCUCAAGCUAAUCAAGUCUCAGAAGGAUAUUAUAAGGAUAUGAGGAGGGUGACGAAGGGCCUUUUUAGUACAUAUGGAGUCUUCAUUAGCUUGAGUGGGAAAUAAAUUGCCCAUCCGUGUCAUUUGUAAACAUAUCUGUGAUUAUUUGCCCAGUUGUGAGCGCUAAUUGGCUGUAGCUGGAGCCAGAAUUAAUUAAGGAAACUCCAUGGAUUUGUGGAGAUUAAAAGACCAGUGUAUUGACCGCAUUAGAAUCAGCAAACAACCCUCCUUAACUGGAGCCGUGAGGUCUGGCCUUGGCGCUGACAACCGCUCUCUCACGGACCUCUGUUUCCUGGCGGCCGGGACAUCUGACGGCGCAAAGGAUCGUUUUGCGAGUUCUACACAGAUGCCCGGCUGCCACACCCGCCACUCAGCCAAACAAGGGUGCACUCCGCCGGGCCUUCCCCUAGCCGAGCUCACCUCCUGCGUGUGCAAGAAGAUUUCUGUGUUUCUAUA